AUGCCGAACCCCUUCGACCCAAAAACAGAUAAAUCCAGUGUAAACCCUCCGAAGGGUUACAAAUUACACCCCGACCAUGUUCACUUCCAAAAGUAUCUUCAGCCACAACACCCCAUUUGGAAGAAUGAGAAAUCACUUCGUUCUUUUCAAGCUGAGAUAGGGUUCUACCUCCAGCCCUGGUGGCAUGCAGAGCCGAAGUAUCUUCCUCAGCUUGCUGAAAAGCUAGGACUUCGGGAAGCUACCCCGAAACAAAUGAAGGAAGAGGGUAUUCGGGCGAUUACUAGAGGGUCACGAUGUUAUUCGGCGGAUGAGUCGGCCACAAAGCCAAACUGUCAUGUCCAGUUUUGUGUUUCGGCUUUCAAUUACACACAUCCCGAAGUGAAAUGUGUCAAUGUACCUGAUGGUCGACCAGUGUUUCUCAACCGUUGGGACGAAGGAAAGUUUCGUGUCUGUGUGCACUGUUAUAACUCCACAAAGCCCCCUCUCACCUGCUCCCUCAAGGGCAAGCCGACCAAUUUCCUUGUCGAAGAGUCCUCCGAAAGUGAAAAACGACCGAAAAAGUCAUCACAAGGUCAGGACAAGCCUGAGGACAGCUCGGAUUCUGAUUCGGACUCAUCGGACUCUGAACAUUCACCACAUCCCUCCCCUCCGAAACCUCGCCGGCCAGCCACCACAACACGCUCCACAAGAGCUUCGGCUCCCAAGAAAUCGGUUUCUCCCCCCCCUCCCGAAAAAGGAAAAGGAAAGGGAAAAGAAAAAGCUCCCCCUGCAGCUUCCACGGCGAUUGGGUUCUCAAAUGCGCCACUGCAGCAACCGGUAGGACCGAAGGACAAGCGUAGGACUGCUAGGGGAGGCACUGUCGCAGCUGGGGAUGCUGCAAAACCCGGUCCGAAAUGGGUUGUCAGACCUUCUCCGAAACCUCUCACCGAAGCGCCUACGUCUGCUAGAGAGCAACCUCGUUCGGAGGGAGAAACAGAACUGUCUUCUCCAGCUGGUCCUAUUCUUGUUCAAGAUUCCAGCUUGGGUCAAGAUGAUGGGGAAGAAGGACCUCAACCGGAACCAUCUACAGCCCGAAAUGAGAGGCCACGAUUCCCUCCCCGCCCUCCAAAAUUUGCCGAUGUUGUUCCCGAAAAGGAACCCUCCGAAACCGCCCCCCCCGUUUUCUCUGCAGGUUUGCCAGCUGGGGUUUCUCCGAUACUUGUCCGAAGUAGUCCUGUUCAUCCUCCUGUGAACAAGCGUGCCCUGGAGGAUGUAGAAGAGUCCCAGGCCGAACCGAAACGGGCUCGUCCGUUCUCCAUUGAACAAGGUCCUCCCCAGCCCGAAAUGGAUCUUACCUCCGAAAAGGUGCCCACAAUGUCCCCUGUUGGUCCUGUUCCUUCUCCUGCCGUAUCUGUUCGACAACAGGCCGUUCCCUCUGCUCUAGACCCAUUUAUAGCACAAACACAAUCGGUUUUGGGUGUUACAUUGCAAGAAUCACCAACAAUCCCUUCGCCUCACCAAGCUAAAACGCUGGGUCGAUCAGGUGUGCAGAGUCUUCCUGGUCCAAACCCAUCAACCAAUGUUCCGAAACCCACGAUGGCUCCGAAGCCCAUAGUUCCUCCACUCUUUGCUUCCCAAUCGGCUCCCCCUCAGACUCCACCUCCCACUUCUCUCAUUCGUUCUCAUUCAGAAUUCGUUGGCUCUGGUCCCACAGCUUUGCCAGGUCAGAUACCCUCCAUUCCUGUCACUUCGGUCAAUGUGGUCAGUAAACUCCCUCAAAUGAACCCACCACUCCAGCCCGAAUUUCGGACCCAAAGGCCCACUGUCCCUUCCUUGGACCAGCCUGCACCCGAAAAGGUUGUCCCUUACAUCCCGGCUCCACCGUCUACCAUGCCCGAAGUUGAACAGUGUCUGCAUCGUAUGAGUGAGUUUCAAGAGACUCAGGCUCAGUUUGAGGAGCAAUUCUCUUCCCGAAUGGUUGCUCAAGUUUCCGAAAUGAUAGACUAUUACCGAGAAAUCAACCGAGGACGUCAUCAAGCCUUCUCCGAAAGUGUCACACAAUCACUUUCGGGUGUGAGAGCUAUCAAUGGGACAUGGAGUGAAUUCAAAGCGCGGUAUGACUCGGUGGUUUCUGAAAGAGAUGUGGCUCAAGGAGAGGUAAAGACACUGGACCGGCUGUACAAAGAGCAGAUUGAUAAGAAUGAGGAGAGAGAUCAUGCUGUUGCCCGAGUCACCGCCGAAAAGGACGCCGAAAUUGCUUCAAUCCGAAAGCAGUUGGAGGAGACACAGGAAGGGCUCAAGACUAUGAGCCAGAGGUUCGCUAGUGCAAUGGGGGAUAAGGAAAAGGAGGCUCAGGCUCGUCAGUUUGCUGAACAGCGGUGUUCAGAUCUGGCCAGACAGAUGGCUGAGAAGGAAAACACCGAAUUGGAAACUCUCCGAGCUCGUCUUUCGGAGGCUGAAGCUGCUAAGGGAGUAAUGCAACAGCAAAUCGACGAGGCAUUGCAGUUUGUGCAAAUUACCGCUGCCCUGCAAAAUGAGACUGAGAUGGAGAAUGUAGGGUUGAAGGAACUCAAAGCGCAGUUGGAGGGAGCAAAUGAGAAGUUACGGGCGGACCUUCAAGUGGAUCAAGAGGAGUGGGAAUCGGCCAACUACACCAUCAGGCAACUUGAGUCAGAACUCCAAGAGGCCAAACAAGAAAAGGCUCGGCAACAAUUCCGCUUUGACCUUAGGACCUCCCCUGCGAAGCCGAACGAGUACUCUGACCGAAGAAGAGCUCACAGUCUUGAUCUCCCUUCCACCAAGAUCACCGCUCGAAACUCCGAAAAUACCGCACCGAAUCCCGAAAAUGACCCUUCCAACUCCGAAAAUGUACUUUCUUCAGGACCAACACCUCAUGAUGCCAUUCCCACAAUCCCCACAAAUGCAGAUCUCCAUUCUUCUCAAGAUUAA